UGAUGAAUUGAUGCGUUCGUGCAAUAGAUCAUUCGAAACUUUGGUUCGAUUCCAUGUGCGACUAGAUUUAAAUGGUGGGCGUAACGUGCAUGGUCGGAAUGCGUGAGAAUCGAUUACCGAAGUAAUUAAGUGGUAUCGGUUCGGAAAAGGGUUUCUGCUGCUGCUGAUGACUGCUACGUUUUGUGGCAUUAGGUGAACGGUGUUUUCCCCCCGAGAUCGUGGGGAAAUUGACCGCCAAAUUUGUUAUUGUGUCACGUGACCAGAGGUCCGCUCUCGUCGUAGGCGCCAAAAACGUAAAAGCAAACCGGGGUAAAUUAAUUAAAAAGAGAGAUUAAUGCAAUCGUCUUCGUUGUUGAUCAUUACGGAUUGUUGAUUGUCGUGUAAAAUUUGGGAUCUUUGAAGAGGAAAAGUUUCGGUAUUGUCAGCGGCUGGUAGACAUGUUGGUUUUUGUAGGAGAGGGAUGGACGUAGGGGUAGGGAUCGCGAUUUGGACAUUAAGAGUUUUACAAUUUAGUAAUUGAUGGACGACGUCGUAAGCGACGCGGGACGGUCCUUGUGCUGGACGCAGGUCGGGGUCACGUUGAUGCUGUCGGUCGUUGGUGCGGGGUCAACGGCGGUCUUUCUGGUGGGAUGUGCGAGAGGGAUGGAAGAAUAUUUAGUUGGUGCUUCUGUGUGCGGUGCGAAUAUGACGAGGUGGCGCCAUCUGGACUGUCAAUGUUGUUAGGCUUACCAAAUGGAGUCUAAUGGAGUCGAUUUUAUCAGAAAACAUUGAAAAAUCUUGAAAAAAACAUGAAAAUCCGCUCGAAAAUGGUAAUAAUAUUGACGAGGAUUAAGUGGUGCUUUGUAUAAUGAUACUGUGAUACUUGCUGGAAGUGUGUGCACUGCGAAUGCUGGAUAUGUUUACAGUAUAGACAUGGGAGACACCUUUACUGUUUGUCAAACUAUUUUACAAGAUUAUCACCUAUUAGGAGGAAAUAAUGGGCCCGAGAUGCAUGCAUAAUGAUCGCCGAGCAUGCUAAACGUUACUAUAGGUAAACAACAACUUCAUUUAUCAACAGUGUUAAGGAGAUAAAUAUGUAGUUGUGCAGUAAAGUGUUAUCAAACUUGCACUAUUUUGUGCGAUGUCCCAGAGAGUGAAACGGCCUAACCGUUCAGAAGAUGGCUCGGUUCCUGUUAAAAGGCGUAAGGUUAGUGUUGUGUCGCGACCAACGGCGGCGCAAGAGGAGGAAGAGGCGACCUCCUUGGCUUCCUGGAGGCCCAUGAAUGACCUCAAGAUUUACAACCGCACAACAACAGAAGCACCAGCUGAGCUGUUCCGCAAAGAUCUGAUUAGUGCUAUGAAGCUGCCUGACUCUGAGCCCCUGGCUGCAGACGAAUACUGGGUGAUAACUGAUCAGUGGAAGCAGGAGUGGGAGCGAGGAGUCCAAGUGCCUGUCAAUCCAGAUUCUUUGCCUGAGCCCAGUGUUACGGUGACUCAUUGUGCUCCAAUUCACAUCAAACCCAUACAGGAGUUUAAACCGCCUAAAACAAAGUACAUUCGGAUAACGAAGGAUGACAACUUUAAGCCGGAGGAGCACAUGCUAUCAUCGGCACCGGCUCAGGCGGAGGCGGCGUGUUCGUACGAUCUGGACGAGUGCGACGUUACGUGGCUGAAACUGGUGAAUAGCGAGAGGCUCGCGUCUGGUCUGAGCCCCGUGACGGAGGACCAAUUGGAACGGGUGAUGGAACGGCUGGAGUUGCGGUGCUGGGACAAGAUUCAAGCAAUACUCAGGAACGAAGAAGGCUUAGGUAUAGAAUACGAUGAGAAUGUAAUAUGUGAUGUGUGCCGGUCGCCGGACAGUGAAGAAGGCAACGAGAUGGUCUUCUGCGACAGCUGCAACAUCUGCGUUCAUCAGGCAUGUUACGGUAUCACCCAAAUCCCGGAAGGACAGUGGCUGUGUUGUACGUGCACGAUAUCCCAGAGACCGGACUGCGUUCUGUGUCCGAACAAGGGUGGCGCGAUGAAGUGCACGCGAUCGGGACAGAAGUGGGCGCACGUAUCCUGUGCUCUCUGGAUACCGGAGGUGAGCAUAGGGUGUGUUGAGAAAAUGGAACCAAUCACGAAGAUCUCCAGCAUACCUCACAGCCGAUGGGCGUUGAUCUGUGUACUGUGUCGGGAGCGUGUCGGUGCGUGUAUUCAGUGUUCGGUGAAGACGUGUAAGACUGCUUAUCAUGUGACGUGCGCAUUCAAACAUGGACUGGAGAUGAGGGCGAUCAUAGAGGAUGAGAAUGCCGACGACGGUGUCAAGUUGCGUUCUUACUGCGAGAAACAUUCAAAGUCCAGUAAAAAGGAGAAGAGUGUGUGCUCCGGAUCCGACGACGACGACUGCAAGCGCAAAAAACGGAAAGACAUGACAUCCGAAGAGAAAAACCAGGCGAGAGCUGCCCGUCUGCAAGAGAUCGAAGCGGAAUUCUUUAAGCACGUAAGCUCGAAGGACAUCGCUGUACACAUCGAUAUCGACUCGGAGGCAUUGCAAUACAUAUACAAUUAUUGGAAGUUGAAGCGGAAAGCGGGACACAACAAGCCGCUGCUACCUCCGAAGUCUGAAGACGUGGAUAUGCUCUCACACAAGCAGGAGCAAGCGGAUUUGGAGAAAAUGAAGACAUUUGUGCAGUUAAGGCAAGACUUGGAGCGUGUUCGGAACUUGUGCUAUAUGGUGAGCCGACGCGAGAAACUCUCACGAUCAUUCUUCAAAAUGCGCGAGCAAACCUUUCACAAGCAGGUGGCUGUCUUGCAACAGGGUGGCAACUCUUUAGCUCCGACCGUUGUGGAAGCAGUCUUGGAGGCCAACCAUGUCCCAUCGAUCUACGAUAAGCUCUAUUCGAACGAUCCGGUCGAGGAAUAUAAUGCCACUUUUGAAACGCUCCUGGCGAGGAUAGCCGGCCUGAAGUCGCCGCCUCAUGAUUCUGGCGACGAAAAGAAACCGGAAGUCAAUGGUAUAUUUAAGGACGUUAAAAACAACUCCUACAAGAAGUUCUUCAUCAAUGGAUCUUCUAAGAAGAGAAGUAGUAGUAGCCUGUACGAUUGUCUGUCUAGUGACAGCAGCCACGAAGAAAAACCAAAGGUUAAUAAAGAGAACCUCUUCCACAGCAGCUCGGAAGACGAAAAACCAUUUUCCAAGAAGAAAACGUCUCCGACGAAGAAUAGCAAGUCUGCGGAGCGCCGAAAGAAACGCAACAGUAUUACGAAUCGCAUCAAACUGGUUAGUAGCAGUGAGGAUGACAUUAAGCCGGUGAAAAAGGAUCUUCAACUGUCGAGCUUAAAACAAUUCGAAAAGGAGUUUGGCGUUUCUGGUAGUGAUAGCGAUGAAUUGAUGCCAAUCAAGGCGGUCGAAAAGCCAGAGCGAAAGCACUUGGCCAUCUACUCGGACAGCGACAGUUCCGAUAUUUCGAUGCGAAAUGAUGACAAAUCGUCGAACGCUGCCAGUGAUUCACAAUCCCAGAGCAAAUUACGUACCAAAGCUGCCGUCAAAGAGUUCUCCAAUAAACCUUCUACGUCUAAAAGUCCUAAUAAAAGUAGUCCGGAUAAUAAUAAGAAGAAAAGUAAUAAGGAGAUGCACUCAAAGAAAGACGUCAAAAAGAAGGACUUUGAUCCGUCUGAUCUCAUCGUGCCCCAGAGGCAGGCUGCGAAGAAGGCAUCCGAAAAUCUUAAAUCUAACACCGGAAAUCGCGUGAGCAAAGAAACACCGAUUAUUGCUACGGCGCCGCCGCCGAGCGUGGAAGUCGAAAGCAAAGUUUCCAAUGAUAAGGAUGAACAGGAGAGACCGUAUAAGAACAAGGGUAAAGUGGGGAGGCCUCCGAAGGACGAGAAAAAAGAGGAAAAAGUUAAGGAUACGACAUCCAAGAAGGAAUCCAAGAAAGAAGAUGUUUUUGAUAUUGAGAAGGAAAUUGAUAAGAACGAACAAGAUAUUUUGGCUUACGUUCCACAACGACAGGCGGCUAAGAAAGCUGCUGAGCAUAUUAAAAGUGGCAUGGGUAAACCGAACCCGGCCGAACAAGCACCUCCAGCUGCUUCCGAGGAGAAAACAAAGAAAGAUCCUCUGGAGGAGAAGAAGAAAGAGAUUUUCAAGAAGGAAGUCGAGGUUAAAAGUAAGGAACCACAAGAGAUCAUUAAACCUGCAAAGGUCGUCGAAAGCAAACGCAAAUCUUCCUCGAACAGCAGCACGUCUUCCUCUUCCAGUUCUUCCAGCGAUUCAUCCAGUAGUUCGAGCUCUGACAGUGAGGACGAGAGUCCAGCCAAGAAGGAGCAAUCGGAAUGUUCCGUCUCUCCUCGUGAGCAGACGAAACGAACUGGAACCAAAGACUGGCCCUUUCUUGACAAGGCAGCCGAGUCCGCGGCAUCAUCCAGUUCAUCCGAUUCGAGCGAUUCUAGCAGACCGCCCUCUCCUAAACGAAAAAGCGCCGAACAGAAAGAGCCCCCACGGCCUCCACCCAAGCAGCUUGCAAAACCGACGCAGCCUACAACCGUAUCUACACCAUCCCAUAAGCCUGGUAGAAAAAGCUCAACAGAGAAAAAAUCGAUCGCUGCUAUUGAAAGGGAAGAGCAUUCCAGAGGACGAGGGAAAGCCAGAUCAUCGAGAGGAAGACCUCGAUCAGUUGCCAAUGUGGGUGAUCGGAUCAGAGAUGUUGAUGUUGGGUCUGGAGAUAUCGCUGAGCGUCAGGCCUCGCCUGAAAGAAAUGCACCAAUUUCCAAUAACCAAAAAUCCAGAAAGGGAAAAUCAGAUGAAAUGGACACCAUCAGCAGCGAGCCCAAAGAAAAGAGUAGAUUCACCGCCGAAAAGUUAUUCUCUCCGGUUAGGAAAACGGAUAAGAAGUUGAUGGAAGCUAUCGAAGUGGAUGCCAUUGGCAAUUUAGAGAAAGAAAUUUUGGAACGCAAAGCUGCCAGCAACAAGACAAAUAAAUCCAAAUUAAAUAAACUAUUCAGUUCGCCCGAAAGGAAAUCCGAUAAAUCGAACAAGAAUAGGUCAUCUGAGAAGAUGAACAGAUCGCCGGACAAACUUAACAAAUCAAUAGAAAAACUAAAUAAAUCUAUCAAAUCCCCAGACAAUAUACAUAGAUCUCUUAACAAAUCUCCGGACAAACGAAGUAGAUCUUCGGAGAAACUUAAUAAAUCGUCCGAGAAACGGUGCAAAUCUCCACUGGAAAUAUUAAAAUCGCCAGAAAAAUUGACAAAAUCACCGGAAAAAGUAUUAAGAUCACCGGAAAAACUGUUGAAAUCACCGGAAAAAAUCCUAAAGUCGCCGGAGAAGAACAUGAAAUCGCCAGAGAAGCGAUUGAAAUCUCCAGAAAAUAUGAUGAAAUCGUCUGGAAAGGUUGAAAAGUUACCGGAGAAAAUUUUGGCGAAGUCUCCGGAGAGGCUACCAGAGAAAUUGCAGAAAUCGCCGAUCAAGGAGAAUAAAGAGCUUAAAAAGAAAUCCCCUAAAAGUAAAAGUAGAUGCAGCAUCGAUGACAUCUUCGCUAAUAGAAUCUCGAAAGCGAACCAGAUUAAAUCACCAGAACAUACAAUCAACAAUCAUAACGCAUUUAUGGAAGCUCCGAAAGAGGGUUGCAAUAAUAUUAGCUUGGAUAACAUUUUCAAGCAAGAUCAGGCGCUUGCGAAUAAGGACGUUGAAAUGGAUAUAAGUCCACUGAAAGUUCAAUCGAUCUUUUCGCCGAAUCCGCACGACAAGGAUUCCGAAAUGCUGUCGGACUUUAACAUCAUGUUGGACGAAAACUUUGGCAUCGUCAGUAGCAAAGACAAAGAGAUCGAAAACGCGCCGCUGCGAUUCAACGUGGUCAAUUCCAGUCUGUUCAAAGAGGAUUCUAAGGAGGACAGUGCGAGAGAAACGCUAUUCCUUGUGGAAAAGCUGCGGCUUGGUUUGAGCAAAAAGUCAACUGGUUACGACGUGGACGAUUCUGCCAGCGUGUCUUCAAGUACAAAGAACGAAGGUGAUAGAUUAGACUUUUCCGAGCAGAUUGUUCCUAAUCAUGUGAUCGAACCCAUCGCGCCGAAAGAUGAAAGCAAUAAAGAGGUAUCUCACGUGAAUCUAGAGAUGCGAAUGGACGUGUCACAUGUCGAUAAAUACGAGGAGGAGAAAGAGGAUUACAAUAAAAUCAUUAAUAAUUGCGAGGCGCAAUUGAACAUAGAAAAGAAUGUGCCCGAUGUGCAGCAGCAACACCUGAAUACGAUGGCCCAAGCUGAUGAACGAUGGGUACCACCCAGCGAUAACUACCAUCAAGCUGUUACGCAGCGUGUUGAAGAGCCGAUGAGGGAUAUCAUGCCAUCAUACAUGCAGUCUUAUGAUGACCAUAACGCAAUGAGAACUGCACCACCGACAGAAGAUCAUCUGCUGAAGAGCGACUCGCCGAGUAUCAUGGACAGAAGGGUAACUCAAACACCGUUCCUGGAUCCAGCGUCGAUGGAUUGCAUGCCGAGUCCUAGUCCUUACGGUGAUAUGCAUCCGCAAGCUAAGUGGAACGAAAGCCAGAUGAUGCCGCAACGGCGAUCCUCCUCGAGCUCCGCUGCUUCCACGGUCAGUAACACCUCUCGCCGCAACAAUACCGAAGACGAUAUGUUGAAACGACCACCUGCACUUAUGAUGCCGCACUCCGGCAUGGAUGGAAUGUCCUUCAAUAUACUGCCGUAUCCGCCGAACUCAUUGGACACGUUCUCCCAAUUCCCAGAAUCAUCGCAAUUCGUCAGUACUCCGGUCAGCCUGCUUCCCGCCUCCAAUAUUAAUGCUCAAAUCCCAUUUCCCUCUCCAGGUGCGGGCAUGUUUCCUCCAACAUACGGAGCCUCAUUUCCGACAUCUCAUUCUGUGAUACCUCCCCUGCCCAAACCCAACGUCGAGGCGAUCCAUUUCACGCCGGCCGCGUUUACUACGUCUCAACGUAACAUGGAAUUGACGGCGUCGAUGCUCAACUUCGCCACUCCCAAAGAAACGGAGCAACUACAACACCAACAACAGCAGCAGCAGCAGCAGCAAGAGAUGCAUCUACCAACUCCAUCGCAGCAACUGCAUCCACCGAUUCAAUCGCAACAAAUACAGCAGCAUCAACUGCAACCUCAAAUACUACAUCAAGAACAAGAUCAACAGCUGCAUAUGGAUCAACAUCAACCUCGGCAAGAACAGAUGCAGCCAGUGGAAGACGAGCUACCGAAGCAGCAACAGCAACAACAAGAAUUACAAAUACAGCCAUUGCAAGUGCCGAUAGAGGUAGCAGCUCCGCCACCACCUCCGGCAACGGUGGAAGAAGUUUUGCCUGCUCCAGCUUUGAGUAACUUGACACCGAACCACGUAGAACCUUCACCGAAUCCGUCCGUUAAGUCUAACAGUUCAGUGGGUAAGAAGUCUCCCAGCAAGCCAACUCGGACGUCGGCCAGAUUCAGUUCGCAGCAAAGCAAAUCACCGAGCAAGAGUCCGGCGAAGAGUCCGCGACAGCAGGAGGUUAAGCAGCAUAGCACUGGUCGUGGACGCGAGAACAAGAGAACGAACAACAAGUCCUCCUCGGGUCGUGGAAACCAAUCGCAGUCGCGCGGAAGAGGACGUGGGCGAGGUAGAGGUCGAGCGGCAGCACAUCAUCAUCAUCAUGACUUCAAUUACUCGAACACGAGCACGAUCCACAACAAGCUCGUCGGGACCGUUUACGAUUUCGACUUCGAGGAUGAGAUGCCUAACGAGAUGGGCGAUCUGCGGACGAUGAGGGAGCGUCGAAAGUCUGCGGACGUGCAUGACAAGAAGUCGGCAGAGCUGAUGAUCUCUAGGGAUUCGUCGGAAUCACCGAAAUUCACGAGUCCGAGCAGCAGUAGCAGCAAAACGCGUUCUUACACUACGACCGAUCUCAGCGAGUUGAGGCCACCGACGCCCAUCAUCGAAGACAAUUCCAAGCAGCCGAGCCCGGAACCGCCCGUCGAAGAGCACAAAACAUUCCCUAGCAUAGUGCAACCAGUAUUACCCGGACCCGUAGAUAUGCGAACGUAUAGCAGCACCUUCGACACGCCUCAGUUCAACGAGACCAACAUGCUGGGCGCUUUCGGAUCCGGGACGGCCGAGCAGCCCGAACACGAGGAUAUCGAUGAGUUGUUCGAGAAGGAGUUCCAGAAAGAUCUCACCGCCAGCUUGAAGAAACCAGAGGAACCACAAAUGCCAGAAGUUUCGAACAUCAAAGUGUCCUUGUCGGAUUCACGAAAUCAGCUGAAGGUGAAAAUUAAGGGUCCCAUCGCGAAUUACACGUCGACGCCGUUGCCACCAGUUAGCAGUGAUAUGUUGACGCCAAUGGUGCCGCCAAUCACCGUUUCGAACAACGCGAUUUGCAACAUGAACGCUAAUUCUGGCACGACUAAUUUGCGACGGAUGCGCAAGAAGGAGUUGCUGCGACAGUACUGCUCCCAAGAGAGGAACACUGACGAUGGAGCUGGAGGAUACAGGGCGACGCCCGUGCAGCCCUCGCUGAAUCGUACCAUCAUCACGAUUCCCAAGGCAGUCGCUUCCAUGACCAGCAUUCCGACAAAGGAAGACUACAGGGAUUACAGGACAAGUUCCGAUGAUAUCUUCGAGACGAAACCGAGGAAGGAGAAACCUGCCAGGCCAGGACUGUCCAGGGAGCUGCGCCAGCUGGAAAUCACAUCUCUGCUCGACGAUGAAAAUUCGAUGGAGAGGCGGAGAAGUAUCGGUUCGAACAACAGCGGCAUCAACGACAGCAACAAGAGGAGGGGACGACCACCGCGACCCUCGCAGACGACUCCCAAAUUGAAGAUCAAGAUCAGCGGGAAUAGUAUCGUCGGUGGUAGCAAGGUGGACGACAAGAAGGACAGGAUUCGACCGCCAAAGAAACGACUUUCGGCGGCGGCUGCGAAGCCUAGCGUCGAAGACCUGAAACGUGAAAGCAUGAAGUUCCGGAAGAAGGUGAUGGCCGACUUCGGUGAGGAGAAGAAGGAGAAGAAAAAGAAAGACAAGAGCAAUAAAAAGAGCAAGAAGAAGAAAAAGCAGGAAGUACAAAUUAUCGCGAACUCCGGAUCGAGUGCGCCGAAGUUGAUAAUCCGUUUCGGUAAAAAGACGGACUCGGAUCGAACUAGCAGUGUGGACGUGUCUGCGGAUCAGCAGUGCAACAGCGAGAUUAUAAACAAGGAUGUGGACGGUGUUAGCAAUAAAGAUAGUGAAAGGACAGAAGGUGUUAACAAAGUGACUCCGAUUAAGUUGAAGUUGUCUAGGUGCCAGGAGGGAUCGGGCUACGUGAUGAAGACUCCGCCCAUCGAUGUGCAGAAAGCUCCGCCCUCAUUUACGCCCAACGCGACGACCAACACCAACACCACCACAACUACGACUGCUACCGUGAAUCUCUCGGAGGCGCCGCCGCUGCCGUCGCUUCCUGUCCACAAGGCCGCGCCCCCCCUGCCCAUCAACAAGGACUGCGAAGUUAGAUGAUAAUGUGUACUAUAUUUAGAACUGAAAUAUUAUUGUGUAAAUACAACAUCUUUUUUUUUU